ACUCGACUGGUGGCGGUAAAGAAGCAGGAUGUGGUCGCGGAACUAGAAGAACCCGCAGCAGCGUCACGGGUGCUGUGCGGCCGCCAUUUCACUUUUCGUUGAAUGGUUUCGAGGCCUACGCCGUUUAAUCGGUGAGUUAGAGACUGUGAGGUCGGAGCAUGAGCUGAAAUACUUGUUAGGAACUUGUUGACGCACUCCCGUCAUCGCAGCGCUGUUGCGGGCUUUCUCCGAGUGGACGUCGGCUGAAUUAGAGGCCGCACGCUAGCUCGAUACACAGAACUUCAUCAUGGUGAAAAUAUUUAUUGGCAACCUUGCCUGCAACACCGCCCCUGAGGAGCUGCGCAAUCUCUUCGAGAAGUAUGGAAAGGUCUCGGAAUCUGACAUUGUCAAAAACUAUGGUUUCGUCCACAUGAGCAACGUGUCGGAGGCCGAGGAGGCCAUCCGAAACCUCCACCAGCACGAGCUGAACGGCUGGCGCAUGAACGUGGAGAUGAGCAAAGGGAGGCCCAAGUCCACCACCAAGCUGCACGUCAGCAACCUCGGUGAAGGGGUCACUACUGACGUCCUGCGGGCCAAGUUUGCCGAGUUUGGCACGGUGGUGGAGUGUGACAUAGUGAAGGACUACGCCUUCAUUCACAUGGAUCGAAUGGAGGACGCCAUGGACGCCAUCAGUAAGCUGGACAACACCGCCUAUAAAGGCAAGCUGAUGAGCGUACAGCUGUCCACCAGUCGGCUUCGCACCGCCCCAGGAAUGGGAGAGCACACGGGCUGCUUUGUCUGCGGGAAACAUGGCCACUGGUCGAAAGAUUGUCCAGUCGCUGGGAAUGGUAGCCACAGCGACGGCGCAAGAGGCCGGGGCGGCCAUGGUUAUGGCAGGGGCAGCUUCGAGAUGGAAUCUUCAGAGGCUGAUUACAUGGGCGGCUCUGCGUAUAGUCGGGCUGGUUACGUAGGUGGGUUGCCGCCUUCCCCUCACAGGCUCAGCGGCUACGGUGCUGAGCUGGGGGAUCGGUACUCCGGCAGGGGAGCAGGCACCUUCGCGGAGAGGUCACCCGCUUACGACCGUGACCGUCUCUUCUGCAGUGUUGACUAUUAUGAGAAGUACAAAGCUCGCCCUUACGGCUCGAGCUAUUUCGAGGAACGUCGCAUGUCCUUCCUCCCAUCUCCCCCACCUCUCCCCUCCUCCCUCUCAAAGCUGUCCUCCAGUAUAGAUCCAUACGACCGUCGGUCAAUGCCUCCAUCCUCAUCGGCCGCUGCAGCUGCCGCAUUCUACGCACGGGGCUGCAGCCCGAUCAGACGGGUGCCGGUCUCCCCGGCGGGCUUUGAGCGAACAGAGUUGUCACCAGCAUCGGGCUCACGGAGCUCCUACGCUGCUGCUCCACGGCCCAAGGAUCAUUACGAGCCACGCUAUGCGCCUUACUAAAGCCUUGGUGCCAAGGUCUGUUUGUGAACCACAGGGAAAGUGUUGCCGUCAUUUCUUCAAGCGUUGUGAUUCCAUCGGUCUGCGCGAGGUGCGGAAAUUAGGAUUGGACAUUUGUGUCGGCAUCUUCCCGGACACCCGAGAUGCCAGUGGCCUGCGCAGGAAUUGUUUAUUUUCAAUCACAUUCACCUAACCUGUUUUCAACGACAAUGAACGGCACCGUUUGACAUUUAUGAUGUAUAAAACAAUAAUAUGCUCACUCGCUCUACAGGUUUCCAGCUCAGUUUUUAUCCAUGUUCCUUUUUUGUGUGUUUUUCUUUCUCACGUGAAGAAAAUCGUUAAAUUCAGCAAAUAUAAAUUGUAUGGCUUCUGUUUGUCGUAUAGAAGAAGUGUUCUUGUUUCAAAACCUGAAAAUGUACUUUCCUUUUUUGGAUGGGAUGAGGGUUAACCCUUGUAGCUUGUAGUGCAGAAUAAUCUUAACGUGCUCCCAGACUCACAUGGGACAUGAUGUAGAUCAGCUAUAUGGAUACAUGUAAUGAUCAUCAUUGGUAUCUUAUCAAUGUUCUUUGAAGGUGAGGACUCUUCCGGUAUGUUUCGCCACAGCAUAAACCGUUAUGCUUGAAAGGGUGAAGUACUCUAAGCGGUCUAGUGGUGGGUGAGAAAGGAAACCUGCACUCUUUGGCCUCUGCAGUGCAUGAAUCGAUUUAGUGAUUGACACAGAGGAAGACAAUAAAGAAUUGAAUCCACAUCCAUGAAACUGACGUGGCUGAGUGUUCCGUUAGGACACAGAAUCACACUUUGAGUCAGUACCUAUUUUAUGACAAAUAAUCUCAAACAUUCCAGCAUCAUUUUUUAUUUUCUUUCAAUUUGAAUGUCAGCUGAUCUAAAGUCAAGAUUCUUGGAAGUAAAAGUGUUGAUAAUAAAGAGUGACAUGCACCGUGCUGCUAUGUAA